AUGACGAGCAAAGAGGAAGUAGCAGCCCUCAUGGCGCACGGCGACACCGAAACAAAAAUAUCGUUAUUGAAGAAGGCCGUCGUCAGCGUGACAAAACAGAAACAAGUGCUUGAGCAACAUAACAAGCAGUUGCGGGAUCAGAUGGGUGCGAUCGGUGAGGAACUCUCACGCGUGGAAGAUGACAACAAGACGCUUCGGCGAAAGCUUCAGGCGACAGAGACGGAGUUAGAAGCAGAGCGUAAACGUAGGCAUUUUGGGGCGUCGGUAAAGACAACGUGGAAGGGUCUUUCCUCUCUGGUGACUGGCGCCGAUGGAGAAGAAAGUGGUACAGCGGCAAAGCGGCCAAAGGGUAUGGCGACUACCGUAAAUUUAUCACCUGAAGACCAAGAGAAGAUUGUGGCGGAGAACGAGAGCAUUCACAUACAGUUAUACGAAGUGCAGACAAAGUACGAGAACGAGCGGCGCAGGUGGGAGAAGGAGAACGAGCAGCAGACUGCCGAAAAGUUGGCACUACAAGCGGAGGUAAUGGAGCUGCGGAGCCUCCUCAACUCGACGGCGCACGCAUGUGACCAUCUCAAUGUGGAGUGCACUAGGCAGGCGGCACUGGCGCAGUUCUGUCACCACUUCUUCGUCCUGUCGUGGGAUGCCACAGCUCAACAACAACAGCAGCAUCUCCGUGUGACUGUCUCCCCUUCCCUAAUGGCAAAGCGUGGCGGCGUACCGCCGCGCGAAAUCCGUGAGGAACUUGCUGCGGGUACAUUAGCACAUUCUGCUGCAUUUGUGCGCACCAUAAUGAGCGGCGUAUCCGUCCUCAUCGCAUCUCUUCGCGACGCGCUUGGGCCGCAGGUGAAGGCCGCCACAUUAGGCGAUAUCCGAUGCUACCGCGAUCGCCUCAGCACGCUGCUGGAGGCUCAUGGCGCAAGGAAGCUGAGCGUGCUCUUCCAUGUGAAGGAGAUGGAGGAGGCUUUCGCUGCGUCAGUGGCGCCGGAUGCAAAGCUGACACAGCUGCUGCAUGCGCAAGGCCUCCUCUUCACAAGCCUGGACGAGUGGCUGGCGCUGCUGUGCGAGCAUGCACGCUUGUUGAUUGACGCUUGUGUGAUCGUUGAGAACGGCGAUGCGGGCGACAUUGCGGGUGGCAGGCGAGCUGUGAUUGAGCCCUCAGUGUGCAAUAUGGUUCGCACGCUUGCUGCUAUCCGCGGUUCCUUAGAGGUGCUUACGCAACUAUGUAGCGACUCAUGUACAGUGUUGAGAAAUAAUGCAUGUGACUCAGCAGAGUGGCUAUUGGCGUUGGAGCGGUUCUGGUGGGAGGGCUGUGUUGCCUCUUCUACGCUGCAGCAAGCGGCGGUGUCGCUCAGUCACCUCCUGCAGGAACUCGCGUCAGCCGCUACAAGCGACCCCGUACGUGUGGCCCUGAAGUUCAUAAAAAAUUCCCUCGGGAGUUUUACCGCGGGUGACACAGCAGUCAAGGUCUCGCGGGAGAAGACGGCGGAGUUGUCGAGGCCGCUGGAGGACCUCCCCGCUGUCGGUAAUAGUGCUCUGGCGGACAGCAAUGAGCUCGUGGCGGCCCUGGCAGCGGCGGAUCGCGCUGCGGUGUGCUAUCAUACUCAAAUGAAUUUCACAUUGUUAGAGUUGGCGGAGAAACAGGACGCUCUAGCGGGUGCCCAGCAAGAGGUUAGGCGAUUGGAGUCUCUCAACCAGCAGCAAGCAGAAGACGCCGAGCGCGUGCAAGAGGCACUGGAAACGCAAAUACGUCUCCUGUCCGAUCAGCUUGUAGAGUGCACCGCCAACAACAACAACAACAACAACAACGGCAACCGGAAAAGUUGGUAA